GGAGCCUCCGCCUAAGUCCGGGACGAGAGAAUGGCCGAGGUGCUGUGGUCGGCGGUCCCCAACGGGACGGACGCUGCCUUGCUGGCCGGCCCGGGCUCCCCCUGGGGGAACAGCACCAUCGCCUCCACCCCCGCGGUCGCCGCCUCGUUCCGAUGUGUGCUGACCAAGACGGGCUUCCAGUUCUACUACCUGCCGGCCGUGUACAUCUUGGUGUUCAUCAUCGGCUUCCUGGGCAACAGCGUGGCCAUCUGGAUGUUCGUCUUCCACAUGAAGCCGUGGAGCGGCAUCUCCGUGUACAUGUUCAACUUGGCCGUGGCCGACUUCUUGUACGUGCUGACCCUGCCCGCGCUCAUCUUCUACUACUUUAACAAGACCGACUGGAUCUUCGGGGAUGCCAUGUGCAAGCUGCAGAGGUUCAUCUUCCACGUGAACCUGUACGGCAGCAUCCUGUUCCUCACCUGCAUCAGUGCGCACCGCUACAGCGGCGUGGUGUACCCGCUCAAGUCGCUGGGCAGGCUCAAGAAGAAGAACGCCGUGUACAUCAGCCUGCUGGUGUGGCUCAUCGUGGUCCUGGGCAUCUCCCCCAUCCUCUUCUACUCGGGCACCGGGGUCCGGAAAAACAAGACCAUCACCUGCUACGACACCACCGCUGACGAGUACCUGCGAAGUUAUUUCAUCUACAGCAUGUGCACCACCGUGGCCAUGUUCUGUAUCCCCCUGGUGCUGAUUCUGGGCUGUUACGGCUUAAUUGUGAGAGCUUUGAUUUACAAAGACCUGGACAACUCGCCUCUGAGGAGGAAAUCCAUUUACCUGGUGAUUAUCGUGCUGACGGUGUUUGGUGUGUCUUACAUCCCUUUCCACGUCAUGAAAACGAUGAAUCUGCGGGCUCGGCUGGAUUUUCAGACCCCAGAAAUGUGUGCUUUCAAUGACAGGGUGUACGCCACUUAUCAGGUGACGAGAGGUCUGGCCAGUCUCAACAGUUGCGUGGACCCUAUUCUCUAUUUCUUGGCAGGAGACACUUUCAGAAGGAGGCUCUCCAGGGCGACCAGGAAAGCUUCCCGAAGAAGCGAGGCAAAUUUGCAGUCCAAGAGUGAAGACAUGACCCUCAAUAUUUUAUCCGAGUUCAAGCAGAAUGGAGAUACAAGCUUGUGAAGACGCAAGAAUCCCCAAACACCCACUGUUGCAACAUGGUCUCAGGAUGCCCAGCUGACUUACAGUAUGUGUUAAGCACAUUGUUUCAGCUUCCGGAGAACUUUAUUGCGGAGCGUGGGUCCAUGGAGGAGGUGGACAGUGACUAGAAAUGCCCUUUUACUUCGUGGCAUGUUUCUUUUUUUUUUUUUUUUCCUUCAGAGUGUUUCUUCUUUAGCUUCGUACAUCCCGCAGUAGACAAUGGUGGCAUGUGAAUGCAUGUCAAAUCGUAACAAGAAUGAUCUCACUACUCCUUCCAGGCAAAAAGAGGUCUCUGGGAAGAGUCUGUGUGUGCUAAUGGCGAAAUGAGGGUCAAGAUGAAGCAGUGAUCUUAAAAUCUGAUUCGUGACCUAUGAUGACAUUAAUAAGUAUUUUAAUAAAGGCAGAAGUCUGUUGGCAUUUUGAUGAAAGAAUUGCUAAAAUUAUGGGAUGUAUCAGUUAACUAAAUUUCACAAUACAAGACUAUUUUAUUGCCAAGAUCAAGGUGUCUUAUGGCACACAACUUAUAUCUUUGACUCUGAGAACAUGAACAAGUUUGCAUUGAAAUGAUAAAAAAGACAAACCAGGAAGAGAUUACAGCAUGAGUGUAGAAUUCAGAGUUAUAACCAUGACAUUGUCACUCGGCCAGCAACGGAACUCUUGACCCUUUCAAGACCAUUCUUUGGAAUAAAAAGGUUGGAUAACAGCUAUCUGUUGGGGCUUUGGGGGAUGUGGAAACAUUAAAACUACAGACAGACAGCGAUGUAUGAAAUCUGCUACUGUACUUUACAGAAUUCUUCAAUUCCAGGUCUUGGCUAAAAAUUCUUACAAAGUUCAAAUUGUGAUGUGGACCUAUGUCCUGUAAGUUUGCUCAUCUACGCUGGCAGUACACUACACUGCCUUUGGAUACAAAAGAUAUCAGUGCUUAGAGCGGCUGGAAUUGGACUGGUGACAAGAAAGAUGUAUAACUAGUAAGAGAUCUAUUGAAGCUUUAACUUUGCUGGUCAAAUUGUAGCUAUCAUAGUAUUUAUUAAUGAAGCUUACAGUUCUUCAGUUGUACAGAUUGAAAGACUUUCUUGAAAGAUUCCACAUACUGGUGUAAAUUAUAUUUAUUACAAUGUACAAUAUUAAUGUCGCACUGGUAUAUUUGCAUAAUAAAUGACACAUACAUAAAAUGAAUUAUUGUAUAUUAUGAUGCUUUUCAAAUAGUAGUAUCUUGAAAUUUUUGUCUUCAGAUUUUUUUUUAAUUUAAAAUAGGGAAAUCUGUUUUGUGAUAUAAUUAAUUUUCUCUAGCUACUCUUUUGCACAUUUAACUUUUUAUUUAGGGUUCUUUCUAUACAGACACAAUUUGGUGUCAAACUAUUAUUAGAUCAAUAGCAAAUAGAAAACAUCUGGGUCUGUAUAUAACAUUAUAGAAAAGUUGAUAUUGUCUUUUCAGGACAUUUAGAAUUGUACCCUCAAAUAUGAUCAGAGCUUCUAUUUCCCAAUGCAAUGCUUGUCCUAACUUCAAAGUAGAUUCACUUAGAAGUCUGGUGGGUUGGGCACUAUCGAAGCAACAUUAGAAUUUAGAGAAAAACUUUAGGGAGAUGGGGAGAGGAGACAGCUGGUGUAAUCAGUUACUGUGCUUAGUUCUGCUUAAAUUUUUGUGCUGUGUUCCUUUUUAAGGUGAAAUAGUAGAAUCUUAAUUUCUUUGAGAUGGGGUUUCUAAGUAACACACUACCAGCAAGUUUAACACUGCUAUUAAUUUUAAUCUGUUUCAUUUGUUCAGUUGAUAACUUUAAUUCCAGGUGUUAAUAGUGAUAACCAUAUUAUAUUUGGCUGCUGAAUUCUGUUACAUUUUUAUUCUGUUGUACAUUGUAUUAUACACGUCAUUACAAAUUAAUAUGAAGGGGGAUAUACGUGACAUAUCAAAAUUUGUGAAUUUGAAUUGUAGACUGUGCUUUUGCAAAAAUGUUUAUUUUUAUAUUAUCUGUGACUUAAUAUAGAUAAUUGAACUGGGUUUCCUUGUGAUUAAUAGUGAUAUUGAAUGAGCAGUAUGGAAACAGUGUUACUUGACUUUUUGAGCUUUCUCAGGUUUAUCUAAAUCAAUGGUAGCUUAACAAAUUCCAAACCUAAUUGUGCACAAUUGUGUUUCUAAUAAAAGGAAUGUACAUUUCCUAUACGUUUGCAUGCAGGAAUGAACAAUAUCGUGUGUGUGUGUGUGUGUGUGUGUGUGUGUGUAAGGCAUGGCAGCCAACUUUGCAUCUGCUAUUGAUAAUAACAGCAGAGCCUUGAUAUGAUUGUAUCUACCAUAGACAAUUAAAGCUGAAAAGUCUCAAUAAAACUAUGAAAUGUG